AUGUCUACUUGUUUGAUUCAGAUAGAAGCUAUAUUAAAUUCCAGACCCCUAACUCCUCUUUCAUCUGACCCAUCCGACCUAACCUGCCUUUCACCGUCCCAUUUCCUUAUUGGACGGCCACUUACAUCUGUACCUCAUUCAGAUAUUAAUGAGAAAAAUAUUCUCAGGCUACAGCGUCACCAGAGGCUGGAAUUUCUCCGACAGCAUUUCUGGCGCCGAUACUGCAAGGAAUACAUCACUACACUGCAGCAAAAACAAAAAUGGCAAAGGAGCAGCGGCGAACUCAUGGUGGGCGACAUGGUUCUGGUCAAGGACUCCAGUCAACCUCCCCUAUUGUGGCCAUUGGGGAGGAUUGUCAAGAUUCAUCCUGACGGCAGCGGAGUUGGCAGAGUGGCGGAGGUGCUGACGAAGAAGGGGACGCGUCAAUCCCCCGGGAGCGUGUUGCGACUAACGCAUCGGUCGCAGACUUGCGCUCGGCAACCAAUGGGCGAGUGUGACGUCGUGUCUGCAGUGAUGGGGGCUCGGGUUCCUCAAUGGCGGUGGAAGGUUGUUCCAGCACUUGGUGGCGGCGUAUCGAAAACUACCACGGAAGGAGGCCGUUCUAUGGAGGGGCAUAAGAAGUAA